AUGUCAUCUACAAAAAGCAGAAAAUCAAUUUCUGAUCAAAUCAAUGAUGUUUUGAAACCAAAAGAACUUGUUGAAGAAACUGAUGAGAAUGAAGCAAAAAUUGAAGAAUUCAGAGAGUUCUCAGAUUCUACAAAUAAAAAUGUUCAUUUGAGCAGUAUAAGAAAACAAUCAGCUAAGAAUUUAAGUGAAUUAGACAGUAAAUAUAAAGGAAAAAUUGUGAGCAGGAAGGAAUGGGAAGAUGAAUCUGUAGAUUCUGAUGAGCUUAAAGACAGCGAAGAUGAAUCUGAAAAGAAUGAUGAAUGUGCUACUGAUAGUGAAGACGAAAGUAACAAUUCAGAUGUGGACGAUGAAAACGAAUCUGCUGAUGAUGAUAUGGAUGAAAGUGAUGGAAAUGAAGAUGAUUAUGAAGAUGACUUUGAUAUGCUAGGACUGAGCGAAUAUGGCGCUAACUCUUCAGAGCGUACUUCUAAUGGAAAGACAGACAUUCUCAAAAGUGUAUCGCUGGACGACGAAAUCAAAAAAGGUGUAUGCGUUCAAAAUCAAUUGAAAAUUUGGGAAAAAUUACUCGAAGUUAGGAUAAAGUCACAGAAGAUGUUGAUAACUGCUAACAGACUUCCAAACUUCACUGACCACCUUGAACUCUCAACAGUGGAAGAUUCUCCAUUUGCUGAGAAAGUUGAUGAGACUUGUUCAUCUAUCCAUUCACUUCUCGAUAAUCUUCUUGAACUUCAAAGAACUUUGGUCACCAGCUUUCCAGAAUCGAAAGACAUUCUCAAAACGAAAAAACGAAAGAAAGAUGAAGAUAAUCAAAAUGUUUUGAAGAGAACAAAACUGGCAGAUUAUUCAGAAGAGAUUGGAGAUGAUUACGAAGCUUAUAAAGAAUUUCGUAAUAAAACACUUGACAAGUGGCAUGAAAGAACGAAAACUGUUAAAGAUUUGAAGAAUCCAUUUGCUAAUAUAAACAUCGUGUCAAAGAUUGAAAAUGCUUUGCUAGGAAAAAAUGAAAUGAUUCGUAAAACUCAACUUUAUCGUGGUGACUUCGAAGUCUUUGGUGGUUUGGAAACAUUACAGCAGUCUGAAGAUAACAACGAUGAAGUUCAUCUUCCGGAAAUCUUCGAUGACUCAGAAUUCUAUCAUCAACUUCUUCGUGAACUUAUCGAAUAUAAAAGCAACAUCGAUGAGAAUCAAUCGGAAAUUACUAGAAAAUUCGUCGAAUUACAAAAAGUUCGAAACAAAAUGAAGAAAAAAGUUGACACUCGAGCUUCGAAAGGAAGAAAAAUUCGUUACAUUGUUCACAAUAAACUUGUCAACUUUAUGCCACCAAAGGAUGAAAGCGAAAUGACUGAUGAAGCUAGAACAGAAUUAUUCAAUUCACUCUUUGGAAUAAACAACAGCACAGCAGAAAUUCUUUAA